AUGGCGUUAGUCUACGAAGCAGACCGGGAUUUCUAUAAACUUCUCGGCUUGCAAGAUCCCAACAAUGUAACGGAACAAAUCGUCAGACAGGCCUAUCUGAAGUGCGCCCGAAGAGCGCACCCCGACCGAGACAGGUCCAAUGACGCGGCGACCGAGAACUUCCAGGAUCUCCAGCAAGCUUACGAGAUCCUCAAGGAUGAUGCGAAACGGCAGAAGUAUAACCGACUUAGACUAGAGACCAUGCGCAAAGAAGAUGCUAGGAAAAGAGAAGAGGAUCGGAAAAGGGCCAACGACGAAUUUCACCGAGGUAGAAACCGGAGGCGUGGCGCCGGCACGGCCGCGCAAAAGCAACAGUUCGGGCCCGAAAAACGCGCCAAUGCGAGGAAAUUUGGAGAGACUUCGUCUACGCAGUCCCGAGCUCAAAAACAGGCCCCGGAAACUAAGCCGCGUGCUCCAACCAGCAAAACACCACGUAAGCCCGCGGCGGCUCGAGCCGGAUCGUUCGCGCAGUGGUCGAAAGAGCAGAUGAUGUCUGACGAAAGCCCCAAGAACGGGUAUCGGCCGACUUCGACCACGGGUGACGAGCCACGGGCCAAGAGCAGCAGCUAUGCCUCGACCCCGCGAACCGAGAUACCCAGACCUCCUAUGCCUGGAGGCGCAUCUGACACAGAUUCGGAUCACCUCGAAUCCAUCAUCAGGGGCCGUACAAGCGCACCCUAUCAGAAAGCAUUCGGAGAGAAGACAAACCCGACUGACCGACAGCCAUUUGCCGCAAGCUCGGAGGAGGAGGGCCGCGGUCGCAGGCCAACUAAAGAAACAAGAACCCCUAACCGGCCUAGUAGAGCCACUGCCAACGGGGAUACCAAUCAAGCAAACCCUAACUUCGGCUUUCCAAUGAACGGCCAAGUCAACGGCUUUUAUCCCGCGGCCCAACGAGCGAACCCAAGUAUCGCCAACGCGAAAUAUACGUCCGACGCUGAAGAAAUCGACCGCCUCGCGACCAACAUCGACCCCCGGCACGCUACCGUUAGUGACGAGGCGGAGGAGCCUACGGUCAACGUGAAUGUCAAGCCAACCAAGCCUAGGAAUUCAGGAGUUGGCGGAGCGCCCCGUGCGAGGGCGAUGCCUGUCGAGCCCUCGAAACCCGAGUGGCGUGCCGGGAAGCCCGGCGAGGCGAGGGCCAAGGCGGCUGUGGCUCACCACUCGCCUCGCUCGCCGCUAAAGCCCACCACUGGUGGAUCAGAAGACACGGAUGAGUUCCGCACCACCCUCCACGAACUCAAAAAUGUCCCUCCGUUUCCUCCCCUCGGAGAACAUACCGAUAAAAAGGCGGCCAAAGUCCCACGGGUUCUAGAGAUGCCUGAGCCUCCGACAGCACCCAUAUUCCCGGCACCUCUCGGCGCCAACGGCAUCCGGCCCACGCCAGAGAUUCUCAGUGCGUACCGCAGAGCCUUCGACACGUACAUGUCCCACUGGAGCUUGUAUAACUCGGCCAUGGUCACCCAUUUCCGAGAGCGGCAAAAGCAUAUCGCGGCUGCCGCGGCAGCGAGUGCCAAGGAUGUCGUGGCGGAGAAACAACGUAUCCGGGAACAAAAGGAGUGGUCGCGACAGGACCGCGAGGUGCGGAGGAGCGUCAAAUUCUACAAGCAUCGAAAGUCUUCCUCCACCGUACACCCCAUCUUUGACCUAGCUAGGCCUACUCUAAUCCCCACCAUCCAGUACUUGCACCACAUUGCCCCGACCCUGAAACGAAAUAUUAAAAUGUCGGAAUCCAAGUCUGGCGCGUGGUCCGACGCGGACAAGGCCCAUUUGCUCAUGGAAAUUCUCGCCCAGUGGCGACCAACUCGCGGUCAUAUCGACUGGGACAAGGUGGACCUCAACGGCCGCACCAAGAAGGCCAACCAGCAAGCUUGGCACAAAUUCAUGACGGAGCUCAAGAACAAGCACGGCGAGUCCAAGGACAAGCAGGACCGAGACGUCGAUGGUGGCGAGGAGGCCAAGGACAAGUCUCGCAAGCGAGGCGCCGCCAAGGGCAGAGGCAAGGGCAAGGGAAAGCUCGAGAGCGAUAGCGAAAGCGAGGGCCCGGGCUCCCUUACGAAGCGCGCCAAGAUUGAGGUCGUCAUCAAGCAAGACGGCGAUGAUGAAGACAGCAAGGCUUUGAUUGCUACCCCUGUCAAGCGCCGUGGUCGGCCUCCCAGUAAGUUGUAA